ACCCGUCCGUUUCACAGGCCCAAUUCUCCCGGCCCCACCACCACAGACAGAGCUCCAUGACUGGGGAAAAGAAAUAUCCGCAAACUCAUUCAGCGAUUCCAACCACCACCCACCCACCCAAGCAACACACAGAUUGGAGAGACCCAAACGUAAUUGCAAUUUGCACCCUAUUUAUUUUCAAAUUUUAUUAAUUUUACCCCCAAGGUCAAGCCCGCCAUGGAUUCUCUCUCAUCGGUAAAAGUCUCGCCCUCCGCAGUCACCAACCCUCUCCGUCCACGGCGCCGCCGGCUCCCUCUCUCUUCUUGUUCACUCGGCAGCUUACACAAUCGGAAUCUCCACAUCUCCUCCUCCGUCUUUGGAGUGCCGUGCUCUCCCGAGACUUCGUCUUAUUCUAGAAGGAGGCUCGUGAGAGAAGUUUCUUGCCGGUCGAGCGGUGGCGGUGGGGCUGCCCCAGAGGACGAUGACGCCGACGCCGAUGACGACGGAAGUGAGCAGGUGGAGAGAGCGCUUCAUCUGGAUGGUAAUAUUCCCUCCACUUCCGAUGAGUUCGUGAAACGCGUCUCUUCUCGUGCUUACGACAUGCGGCGCCACCUCCAGCAGACCUUCGAUUCCAGCAGCUACGAUGUGCUGGAGGCCAACCCUUGGAGAGAAACUUCCAAGCCUGUGUAUGUACUAACGCAAAGGGAAAACCUGUUGUGCACCAUGAAAACCCGAAGAAAUCGCAGUGAAGUUGAAACGGAGCUUGGGAAAUUGUUUUCCAAAGGAUCAAAGUGGAACCAAACGAAACAGCCAAGAAACGGUACAAAGUUCCAGAUGCUUGUGGAGGAUAUUAGGGAUGGAGUGCUUGUUUUUGAGGAUGAGAAUGAAGCUGUAAGGUAUUGUGACUUGUUGCAAGGAGGCGGCCAAGGUUGUGAAGGUGUUGCAGAAAUAGAGGCCUCAUCAGUAUUCGAUCUGUGCCAGAAAAUGAGAGCUCUUGCAGUUCUUUUCCGUCGCGGGAGAAGCCCACCUCUGCCUCAAAGCCUGGAGCUCAACCUCAGGGCUCGGAAGCGCUCCCUUGAAGACCAACAAGACCCAUAAAGAUUACUUGAUAUGAAAGUUCCUGCUUGGAAUUGUAUAUUUAUAACAAACCACUCUCCUAUACAACUCUAAUACAUGCCCCGGCUCUGUAAACUGUAAUUUUUAUAUUGAUUCUAAUUUCUGGGGUUCUUCAGUUUUCAUCUUUUCAACUCAAUUGAGCAAAGUACCGUGCCGAGGUGGAUUUGUAUAA